UUCAGGUAUUAGAUACAGGAAACACCGAAAACCGCCAUGGAAUAUUCGGAAGCCUGGUAUUCAAGUGGAUUGGCAAUUAGACAUUGACAUGGACAAAAUUUACUAAUCCUUAAGAAGGAAAUCUUGUGCACGAAAAGUUAAACUUCACGUCAAGGAAAUAAUCAGUACCAAUACAAGUAGACCAGUGGAUGUGAAAUCACAAAAACAGUCACUCGCGUUCAAGAAUACCAGGAGAGACUGCUAAUAAACUCGUAGAUAAAUCUAAAAGCUCACUUCAAGUUGAAGUACACGCUAAGAAUGUCGCCUAGUAAAGCAGUGAAAGCUUCGCAAGUAAACCAUCCGUCUCAGAGAACAGAACUACGUCAAUAUCAUCCAUCUGAGCCACGAAUGGUCCCCAUUAGUGGUUUGUUUUGCAGUUGGGGGAGGAAACAUGACUGGAGAGCUACUCAUGCAAAAUGGUUUCUGAGGAGAAACGACAGUUUAAGGAAUUAGUCUCUCGCCUAAAUAAUUCUGAGAAAUGUAAACAUCCUAUUCUUUACCUUGGUUCAUCACAAACUCUACGGGACUUAUAUGAAUUGACUGGACAAGUGGUCGAUCCCCGAACGUUCCAAAUGAGCAUUUUUCAAGAUCAGGCAUCAACGAAUCCUUCUGGCUUGUCUCCUACUAGAAAUUCUUCUAGUGGGAGAAAACGUACUCGGUCGGAAACUUCCACGAAUUUAGAAGACAGUAUCUCAGAUUCUUCAUCUCCAAAAUCGUCAGCAUCAGCGCUUUCAACCAAAGACUUAUUUUGUUUAAUGAGCACUCUCAACAUUUGUUUUGGACCUACUUACAAUUUCCUAACUGCGAGAAGUGAUGAAUUUUGUCUAGAACCUGAGCUUCGGAACACUGGUCAACCACGCAGCUGGUUCUACUCCCUGCGAGCGUACUCCUUUCCCACACCUGGCCGGUUAAGAGGGAUGGUUGGGCAUGACACUAGCAUCCCUGUACCGUAAAAACCACACCACCGCUAGUAAAACUUCAAAGCUCUGUUUUGAAGUCCUAUGUUGCACCAGGUAUGUUCUUGUUACGGUUUUUGUAAUGGUUAUUCCAGUGUCUUCACUGUAGAACACGGGUGAUUUAUUGUUGUUGUUUUUACAAAUAGUUAACAACGAUUUCCAAAUCAGUUAUUGUGAUUGUUGGUCCCUUUUUCCAGUCAUUUGUUAUCUCUGAUUCCUUCCAUGUCUAUACUGAUUUCCGUUUUCUUCUCUUCAGCUAGUAAAGCAUUAUAUCUCCAGGUUUUGUUCCAUCUAUGUGGAUAAGUACGAAGAUAUUGCACCUCAACUUUGGACUGUUAUUGGCGAAGAAAUCGUACCUGAUCAGUGUCGCAUAUAUAGUUACCGUCCAGAUCAUCUGUCCGAUCCCUAUAGUACAGGUUGUCUGGCAUCUUUCAAUUACUUUUUCUACAAUCGGUGGUUGCGUCGUGUGUUAUUCUUCUCUCUUCGUGUACUGAAAAGCCACUAUUAUUCCUCUGCAUUAUGCUACCUAAUCACGUGAGACUAAUAUCCGUCGCCUUCAUAAUAAAUAAUGACAGUAAUUUGUGUAUCGAUAUUAAAUUCUUCGUGAUUGAGUGCAGCUGACAAGAAGCAACAAGUUGUAGAGACGUCAUUUUAUCCUGACAGGUGUGUUCUCGUUUUAUUUAAGUUUAUCAAAGGAAAUAAUUGCACAGAAUUAAGUAUUAGUUAUAUAUGUAUUCUUAGCAUGAUUGACUACAUCGGUGCUGAAUAAUAAUAAUAAUAAUAAUAACAGUAAUAAUGUUCAUUGAUAUGAUGGUAAUGUCUAGCAAGUUCAUGCUAUAAGGUUCUUCUCUUCACAAGAAGCGUUUGUUAGUACCAUAGAAUUAAAAUAAUGUGUUGGAAAUUAACCUUAAACACGGAUUGUUUUGUACUUAGUAUUAAUCAUAGUAAUGAUGCGUAAAUAAAUUUAUCUGUUGAAACUUCGAGAUGACUCUCAUGACACAGUAACCUAGUGCGUGACGCCUCAGCGUUGAAAACGAUAGAUGCAAGGUUCAAGUUCCAUUGGAAACACCAUCACACGGCUGCAGGUACACGUACACUUAGUUGAAAAGUCUUUGAUUCCAUUGCUAGCUACUGUUUCUCAAAAUGGCAUCAAGUCUAUCUUUUCAUCUUUCUAAAUCUUUUUCAGCGACUCACUUGUUGACGAUGAAGA